AUGUCUGAUUAUGAGCUGACCGAGAAUGUUUUUGGACGACAAGGGUAUGGGAGAGUCAAUGGAAUGGGAACCGGUGUGAGGCCCACCCAGUUUAGAGGAAAUUUGCGUGAUAGAAGCAAAUCUCAGCGGAGUGAGCAAGAGGUUGAGAAGUUGCGUACCGAAUUACAAGAGGAGAUAAAGCGAAGAAUUUCAGAACUAGUUGGCGGCAUUUAUGGCGAGAUAUUCUCCACUUCCACCACCGGAUCAAUAGGAAGAACAACAACAAUGGAGGUUGUAUUGAUUUCUAGUGAGAUCGUGAAGCCGUCGAGCCCAACACCACCCGAUUUGCGUCGUUUGCCGCUUUCAUUUCUCGAUCAAUUGAGCGAUCCUCAUUUCAUGCCUCUAAUCUUUUACUAUCUCUCCGCUCCUGACUCUUUUCACCUCAAAAAAUCCCUAUCCCUCACCCUCUCUCGAUUCUAUCCUCUCGCCGGACGAAUCCAAGCCAACGACGCCGUCAUCUGCAACGACGAAGGAAUCCAAUACCUCCAAGCCGAAGUCAUCAGCAACCACCGCCUCAUCGACGUAGUCAAUAACUCUCAGCCGUCGGAUAUCCAGACCUUGAUUCCGCCCAAACCGCCAACCAAACAACACAUCAUGUCGAUCCAAGUCAACUUCUUUAGCUGCGGUGGAAUUGCAAUCGCAACACAUUCUUCACACAAGACCAUGGACGCCCUUUCCGUCAUAACCUUCGCCAACGCAUGGGCCGCCGCCGCCAGAAACGACAUCGGAUCGAUCGUUUCACCCAAAUUCGACAUGACCGCGUUGUUCCCGCCGCGGGAUACUUGCUGUUAUUCGAGAUGCACGUCCGAUCUCGAAAACAACGUCGUCUCAAAGAGGUUUAUCUUCUCCGGCACCGCACUUUCUCUUCUAAGAGACAAAUACAGUAGUAAUAUUAAUAAUAAUAACAACGCCUACUGCCGACCCAGUCUGGUCGAGGCCCUUUCCACCUUCAUAUGGACCCGAUUCGUUCACUUAAAAAACAACAACAACAAAAACAAGAAAAAAUACGGUUUGAUUCAGGCGGUCAAUCUCCGGACAAGAAUAAAGCCUCAUCUGCCGGCGUCAUACUUUGGAAACCUCAGCAGGUUUGCCGUGGUGGUGACGGAAAGUGACAUAAGCGGGUCUGCUAUGGUGAGGCGUAUGAGGGAUUCAAUAAGGAAGAUAGAUACAGAGUAUUUGGAGAAACUUAAGAAUGGAGAUUUACAGCUGGAGUGGGUGGAGGAAUUGAAGAAGAACGAAGGGGAGUGUUUGAGUUUCAGUGCGCUUCACAAGUUACCGUUACAGGAAGUGGAUUUUGGGUUUGGAUCGCCGACGUGGGUUACCCUAGGAGGACUCAAUCUGAGGAAUACUGUUUAUUUCCUUCCGACGACGGCGGAGGAGGCGGCGGCGGCGGCGGGUUCAGUGGGAGUGGAAGCGUGGAUUAACCUAAAAGAAGAAGAUAUGAGGGGACUGGAACAAGACACUGAAUUCCUAAAAUUUGCUUCAUCUGUUUAUGGUCUGGUCUGA